ACCUCGCCAUUCCGAGGCGUUACGCGGCACCGCCUGACGGGGCGGUACGAGGCCCACUUCUGGGACUCCAGCUAUAAAAAGGGCGGGCGCAGCCGAGGCCGCCAGAUCUACCUGGGAGGCUACGAGACCGAGCUGGAGGCGGCCAGAGCGUACGACCGAGCGGUGAUCGCGCACUGCGGGUCCAAGGCUCCGCUCAACUUCCUGCUGGACGACUACAGCGAGGACCUGGCCUGGAUCCAGGGGCGCACUCCCGAGGAGGUGGUGGGCAUCCUGCGCCGGGGCAGCGUGGGCUUCGCAAGGCGCGCGAGCCAGUACCGUGGCGUGACGCGGCACCACCAGCAGAGCAAGUGGGAGGCGCGCAUCGGGCGGGUGGAGGGCAACAAGUAUCUCUACCUCGGCACCUAUGACACAGCAGAGGACGCAGCCCGGGCGUAUGACCGGGCAUGUGUGAAGUUCCGUGGCAGCAAGGCCAUCCUCAACUUCGAUCUAUCCCACUAC